CAAGCAAAGUCGAAGUAAAGUAAAAUUAAUAUGAAGUACUGGCACUUUAUUGCCUCAAGUGUUUUAGUCGUUUGUCUCGUCAAGUCGUUCUUAACAAGCGCAUCAACCAUCGGCAACGAAAAUGUUUCAACAAGAAAUAAUCCACUUGUGAGGGUAGACAUCCGUGAUUUGGUCGCAUUGGUCGAUGCAAACGAAACCUUUUCACGCUUUGCAACCGAUGUCUAUAAACGAAAACAUUCGAUAAAACAUGUCUUAAUGUUUGACCCAAAAAACGAGUCAAAUGCUUCGAUUUUUGAAAGCGAUGGUUUUAUUUGGGUUGAACAUUAUGGGACAGCUUUGAGAUUCCUGAAGUUUUUUGGACACUUUAUUCAAAAGAUGAACAUUCAUUACACCAUAAACUACAUAGCCGAAACAGAUCCGAAGGAGUUGAAUAGUUACAUUAAUUUGUAUUGCUCUGAUACCAUUCAAUCACUCACGAUUGAGGGUACAACUCAGAGUCUAUUGGAUCAAAUAACAAAACCAUUCAAGGCAGUUGAAUCACUCACAAUUUCUACUCGUAUCGAGAACAUUGCAAGUUUUAAUCGCAUUUUUCCAGCUGUUCGUUAUUUACGCUUGACCCCCGUUUAUAUGGAGGAUAAAAGUAGCAUUGAGCAAUGGUUUCCGCACUUGGAGCACUUAUACAUACAACUGGACCAGGAAAGCUUAUCACUCUCAGACUACGGGACAUUACUUUUAAGAAAUCCACAAAUCAAAAAAUUAUCGAUUUGGAAAUGCAGUCCUGAAUUUUUGUACACUGUUAACGAAAUUGUGCCCAACAUUACAAAUCUUUCUCUCGUGGACUAUAAUCCCUACAAUGAAUCGAGCUAUCGAAACACAGUUUUCAAGCAUGUAACUUUCUUUUCGCUGCUAAAUUCAGAUGGCCAUGUGCCGAAGAAUAUUUUCUUUGAAGAGCUCACACAGCUUCAACUGCACAGUACAUCGACAGAGGACUGGAUUUUAUUCGCUGAGAGAAAUCCUAGACUAGAAAAACUGGAUCUGGCCAGAGUAGACGAUGAACAAUUCAAGAGGAUUAUUACCGUUCAAAAGAACUUGGUUGAAGCAAAAUUGAGAUUCGCAGAGGAUGUCAGCGAUGAACAUGUUCUUGAAUUCAUACGGAACAACAGAAACGCAAGCCAAAUACAGUUCACUAGACAAUCGAUUGGAUUUGGAAAAGUAGCAGCACAUUUGAAUAAAAAAGGAUUUGGAAAUACGUUCAAUAUAACAGUGCAUGAUAAUUUGUUGGAAUUGAAUCGACGUGCUUGAAUGAUUAUUACGGUUCAUCAACGAUGAAUCAUCAUUUCCAGUGUCAGCAGUUAAAUGAAAUCUAUCACGAAAACAUGUAACUGAACCAUUGCUUGAAUGACUUUUUUGAUUUCCCGUGGCUUUUUUUUAUCUACCGUUCAUCCACAAUUUGAAUUCUCAAAUAUUCUGAUAGAAUAAUAGAUAUGGUUUUUAUCAAAACAUAUUUAUUAAUCGUGUGCAGUUCUAUUUCAUUUAUUACUUUGAGUAAAAAUCCAAAUUGUAAAGGGUGUUUCAACAAGGACGCAAAAAACUUUAGAUAAAAAAAACACAUAAAUUAAAUUUCAAUUGUCCAAAUUUUAAUUGUGUUAUGUAGUUUGGUCUAUGGCAAUUAUGUAUGAAAGUGAAUUUUAUACAAACGGCCUGUAUGGCGCAUUUUAAUUGUGGCCUGUUUAGAGGAAAAAUUUCACCAAAAAAUGUUGAAAAAUGGCAUUUUUAAUGGUAAAAAAAUGCAUCAAAUAUGGACUUACACACCUAAAAACGCAGCUACGGCACUCGCGAUGAAGUAAUGUAUCGCCAAAUAGCCAAAACAAUGGUCCAAUUUUGUGAAAUUUGUGAUUUGAGUAACCAACAAGUAUGCAUUUGGCGCACAAAUUUUCUGUCGUUUUUGAAGCUCAAUUCUGAUUAAGUUAUUAUUUGACGGUUUUUCAAGGACAUUUCAUUGUUGAUCGAUCUGGCUAAACAAUUAGUGUCCCCAGCUGUCAUUUAAAAGUAUCAAACUCAAUAAUUGUC